UCCGGCGCGGUGGCGGCGAAGAAAUGGCGGACGCCGGAGCAGCGUCGCCGCCGGCAACUGGCCCGGUGGAGCUGGGAUACUGCAUCGACGAGCUCCUGAGGUUCACCCUCCAGUCCCACGUCGACGGGACCCUCGACGUCGCUUUUGAUCUCGGCCUCUCCGCGGAAUUCUGCUCCGCUCUUCUCAGAGACGACCCGCACGAUCACCCUUCGUCGUCGCCGUCUCCUUCCUCGGAAAUCUUUCAGGGUAUGCCUGCAUAUCCUUUAUACAAGCGUCUAGCUUCAGCUUUGGAGGAAGCUAUAUCAUCUGGAGUGUCGUUUCCGAGGCACGAGUCACUGGCAUGGUUUAAUCAAGAGGAUGACGUACACGAUAAGGAAGUGCUGGACCAAUUGAUUUCAUGCAAGGGAGCUGAAUUACUGAAUAUUUUGAAGAGCAUAAAAUUUGAACUUCAUGUGCAAGAGCCUUAUUUUACUCAACUUAAAGAUGGGCUGAAAACAAUUGAAGGAAGGUGUGCUCAUGGGAAUUACACACGCUAUAUCUUCAGCAUUGUGUCAGGAGACUUGAUUCUGUUCAACAAAUGUUUGGUUCUUGAGGUUCAGGAUGUUCGUUGGUAUGCUUCCUUUUUCGAGAUGUUGAGUGCAGAAAGUCUGAGUGAAGUUCUUCCCGGUGUUAAUUCAAUUGAUGAGGGUGUUCGAGUUUAUAGGAAGUUUUACCCUGAAGAGAAAGAAAAGUCUAAUGGUGUUCUUGCAAUUGGUGUCUCCAGAUCAGUUGAUCAGCCCUACAUCUCUUUGGCUAGAAUAAUUUCUGGAUUGACUUCUAAGGGCAUUCAAAUUCUAGGUCUCGUCCAUACUGUGGGUACAGUUCCUGAGUCACUUCAUCCACCGAGAUCUGCUCUUCUAUCUGCAUUUCAGCUGCCUUACAAUCCAAAUGUUAAAGGUAGCACCUUAACUGAUGGAGCCAGGGCUUUGGCAAAGCAUGCCAAUAGGAGUAGUGACAAGUAUUGGGGGAAUUUCAAAGGGAGCGAUUCAUGUAAAAAUAAUGUAGCAAAGGAUGUUAUCAGCCGCUUAGUUGCAACCUGUCAAUGGCAGAAUUUGCAUGUUGUUCCACCACAUGGAGUUGUCUAUGAGAUAAGAGAUGUUAGUGGUUAUGGUGCACGGUGGUCAGAGGAUGGUGCUAAGUUUAUUGGAUUCCUGGAGCCAUAUGAGAAGGAUGGUCACGUGAAAGGAUGGAAGCACUGAGUCGGUCCUCGGAGAUCUCACUGGCCAGAUCUUUAACUUAGGGUAUGAUUUUAGGUAGUUCUGAGAGGCAUUAUCUGUACAUCAUUUUGUUUAUCUUCCAGAAGGAGCUCAAAAGUCGUAUCAGCUCAUUCACAUUAUUGUCAACAAAGAUUUUAAUUCUUCAAGGCGGUGACUUUUCCUGUAAUGUGUGUGAUUCCUUGCUUGAUAGACGGUUGAUGUUGACCUUUAUUGUCA